CAGGAAUUCUGGCUUGUCCAUCCAAGCCUACCACUUAUUGCGCGUCACAACGCGAAUCUCAACUCAAGCAGUUGAGGCUAUGCGAUCAAUCCCUUAAAGAUACGACCUUCCCUUCUUUUCCAUUUUAUCUUUUUUUUUCUUGUUGAGGUCAUUACGUCAACUGCGAUAAUUCGUAAUACAUCAUCAUGUCGUCGUUCGCUUCCAAGGAUAUCGAUGUUUAUAGAGAGGACGAACGGGUCGGUCAUAAAAAUCUCGGAGUCCAAGAACGAGAACGACUUGUUCAGAAUUACCUCCCCAGUCCACCUAGCCGAUCACGAAGUCACGGGCGUCAGACUAAGCUUGAGACGUCCCGCUUCGGCAUCAGGAAGUUUUUCAAGUCUCAACUCUAUUCGUUCCUGUACUUCUCUAUACAUUUUGCCUUCUCGGUUUAUAUCCGCGCUCGGUCAGCUUACCAUAGCGUAUCUCUACGUACCCUUUCCAUAUUCAAGUACCACCACAGCACCCCCGACUUUGUCCGACGAGACGUCAGUACCUUGAAGCGAUUACCGAAGCACGUCAGUGUGAUCUUAACAUUGGAAGAUGGCGGGAGGGCAGGGAAUGCCUUGGAGAAGCUUGUCAAUGAAGUAUCUGAGAUAGCAGUAUGGUGUGCCUCAGCUAACAUUCCUCGAUUAUCCAUUUACGAGCGGACAGGUGUUUUGAAGCGCUAUAUGCCUCAAACCCAUCGUGCCUUGGUCCAGAAGCUUAAGAGCUGGUUUGGAAAGAGUCAGGUUCCGCCCGUCUCCAUAUCUACUCGCGGUGCCUCGACCAUCCACACGGCCAAUCGAGAGUACUUAUCACAUGAUCAAUUGCCACUCGAAGUCGUACUCAUCUCAGAAGAUGAUGGCCGAGAAGCAAUGGUGGAUCUUACCAAAGUCCUAGUACAGAUGGUUCAGAAGGAAAAGAUCAAGGCUGCCGAUAUUACGGUAGACGUCCUUGACAACGAGCUAUCUGAAGCCGUUAUGACGGAGCCGGACCUCCUUAUCUCGUUCGAGCCUUACGUUGACCUACAGGGAUACCCGCCGUGGCCGAUCCGACUAACCGAGAUCUACUGCGCCCCUGACAACCAAGGUGUCGGAUAUCAAAUAUUCCUCCGUGGCCUACGGAAGUACACGGAGGCUACUUUCAAGCUAGGAAAGUAAGCCAGGUGGAUAUGGCAAUGCUGUAAUGGUAGAUGGAGGCUUAAUUAUGGGUAUUGUGGUGCCCUCUCCUAAUUGACAGCAUCACAAUCAAUACACUACACUACAAUGAUAUCAAUCACUAUUCCGCCCCGUUUUACGCCGCAGCUCGUCCAAAUGUGACGUCAACACCACUGCGAGAUCUCGUCCAGGUACGAAUCGUACAACUACCUGUCUAAGAUAGCUAGGAGAUUCCUUGUUCAAUGCAGCAGGGACCCGCAGGACAUGGAUGAAUGCAAGACUGCUAUGUAUUCCGAACGUCUAGCUGGAAAAAAGUUCACAGCAAGCGAAUAUUACGUGUAAAGCGAUGUCAUUAUGGGAACAAGAAAUUUCAAUUUGAGUACAGGAUACUCAA